AUGCACAAUACAAUAAUUAAAUUAGAAUCUGAAAAAACGUUAGCAAUAGAAUUAUUUAAUAUUAUGCAAUCAUUGAGGUCUUCAUUAAAAUUGAAAAAGGAACAACAAUUUUAUGGAUCCAUAGCGCUUUCUCUAUUAAGAAAGUGCGAUGAUCACACGAAAGUUACCAUGUUUAAACGAGAAGCAGAUGUACUUUUGGAAAGAAUUAUAAACUAUUUGGAGAAAUGGUAUAACUUUGAUGAUGAUAAUAAGUUUAAAUCACUUAGUGCAAUGGCUUUGCAAAACAAGCCAGAUUUAAAUAAUUUUUUAAAAAUUUGCGAAGAUUUCCAUAUUGAAGUUAACGAAGAUUUACUUUUUGAAGAAUAUGUUACCUUACUAGAUUUUAUGGAAAAAUUUUCAGGAAAUUUUGAUGAGCUAACUGCAGAUCAGCAAUGGGUAGCCUAUUUCAAAAAAAGUAAUGCUCCUCCUUAG